GUGCAAGCAUAAAAAGAAACGAAAAGAAAAGAAAACAAAAGAAACUAAAAGAAAAGACAAGGACAGAGAGACAUUCAAAUUUAUCAGUUGAGAUUUCUUUUUGUUGUUCAGUUCAUUUCACAGCAUUUCUGUAGGAGAAGAUUUCUUUCCUUAGUUUCCUAUAUAUCUGUAGGAGAUUAAAGAGGAUUUUUCUUUGCAUAAUUGCAUAUAUAUAUAUAUAUAUAUAGAUUACAGAAAGAGAAAGAAGAAGAUUUUUGGAGACAGAGAGAGAGAGAGAGAGAGAGAGAGUUUUGGGAAGAUUUUAUAGAUAUGUAAGUAUUUAAAAUAGAGAGAGAGAUAUGGAUCGGGGAAGAGAGGUGAAGAUGGAUCAUUCAAGAGAGGGAAGUGAUAUAGAGAUAGAGGGAUCAUUUGGAGGAAAUACAGAGGACAAGGAAUUCAGUUCAUUGAGAGAGCCACUCCUCAGGAACAGGAAAAACAAUACUUCCCAGAUUGCCAUUGUUGGUGCCAAUGUUUGCCCCAUUGAGAGUCUGGAUUAUGAGAUUGUGGAGAAUGAACUUUUCAAACAAGACUGGAGGUCUAGAAAGAAGGUUGAGAUAUGUCAAUACAUUUUUCUCAAGUGGACAUUUGCACUUCUUAUUGGGUUGGGUACAGGACUUGUUGGCUUUUUCAAUAACCUUGCUGUUGAGAACAUAGCUGGUUUCAAACUUCUGUUGACUAACAGUCUCAUGCUUAAGGACAAGUAUUAUCUGGCAUUUGCUUUAUACGCUGGUUGUAACCUGAUUCUGGCCAUUGCUGCUGCUGUCCUCUGUGCUUAUGUUGCUCCUGCAGCAGCAGGCUCAGGCAUUCCAGAGGUUAAAGCAUACCUGAAUGGUGUAGAUGCUCCAUCUAUUCUGGCUCCUACUACUCUUUUUGUAAAGAUUUUUGGAUCCAUUUUUGGAGUUGCUGCCGGAUUUGUUGUUGGUAAGGAAGGACCUAUGGUGCACACUGGUGCUUGCAUUGCCUCCUUGCUUGGACAGGGUGGUUCUCGUAAGUACCAUUUAACUUGGAAGUGGCUGAGAUAUUUCAAAAAUGACCGGGACCGUAGAGACUUGGUUACUUGUGGUGCUGCUGCUGGUGUGGCAGCUGCUUUUCGUGCUCCUGUUGGUGGUGUUCUUUUUGCCCUUGAAGAAGCUGCUUCAUGGUGGAGAAGUGCUCUUCUUUGGAGGACUUUCUUUACAACUGCUGUUGUUGCAGUGGUGUUGAGAGGCUUCAUAGAAUUUUGCCGGACUGGAGAAUGCGGAUUAUUUGGGCAAGGAGGUCUGAUUAUGUUUGAUGUAAGUUCAGCAAAAGCCACUUACAACACAGCUGAUCUUCUGGCAGUUGUAUUCCUUGGAGUGUUGGGGGGAAUUUUGGGAAGCUUUUACAAUUACUGCAUUGACAAGGUCCUCCGCACUUAUAGCAUCAUCAAUGAGAGGGGUCCUUCGUUCAAGAUCCUGCUUGUGAUCAUCAUUUCCUUUUUGACCUCAUGUUGCUCUUAUGGCCUCCCAUGGCUCGCACCAUGCAUUCCCUGUCCCACUCACCUGUCAGAGAUAUGCCCCACUGAAGGUCGUUCUGGAAACUACAAGAAUUUCCAGUGUCCACCAAACUACUACAAUGACCUUGCUUCCCUUUUUUUCAACACCAAUGACGAUGCGAUACGCAAUUUGUUAACAUCAAGCACUGAAAAGAAAUUUAAGCUCGCACCCCUUCUGGUUUUCUUUGUUGCUACUUAUGGCCUUGGCAUAAUUACUUAUGGCAUUGCUAUUCCUUCUGGACUUUUCAUCCCUGUCAUUCUUGCUGGGGCCUCUUAUGGUCGCCUCGUUGGAAACCUGCUUGGUCCCCUCUCAAGUCUUGAUGUUGCUCUUUUUGCCUUGCUUGGAGCUGCCUCUUUCCUUGGGGGCACCAUGAGGAUGACAGUUUCUCUCUGUGUCAUACUUCUUGAACUCACUAAUGAUCUGUUGAUGCUUCCAUUGAUGAUGCUCGUUCUCCUCAUUUCAAAAACUGUAGCAGACUGUUUCAACAGGGGUGUUUAUGAUCAAAUAGUGAAGCUGAAAGGAUUACCUUACAUGGAAGCUCAUGCAGAACCAUAUAUGAGGAAUUUAGUUGCAAGUGAUGUUGUAUCUGGCCCGUUAAUUGCAUUUUCUGGGGUAGAAAGGGUAGGGAACAUAUUACAUGCUUUGAAAAUAACAGGCCACAAUGGAUUCCCUGUGAUUGAUGAGCCACCUUUCACAGAAGCUCCAGAGCUAUGUGGACUUGUUCUAAGGUCUCACCUGCUUGUGUUGCUCAAGGAAAAGAAGUUUACCAAGGAGAGGGGGAUGACAGGAUCAGGCAUUUUGAGUAUGUUUAAAGCACAUGAUUUUGCAAAGGCAGGUUCAGGCAAGGGGGUCAAGCUCGAGGAUUUGGAAUUUUCAGAGGAGGAUAUGGAGAUGUAUGUGGAUCUCCAUCCCAUUACUAAUACAUCUCCGUACACUGUGGUUGAAACCAUGUCUCUAGCUAAAGCUGCUGUUCUCUUCCGGGAGCUUGGCCUGAGACACUUGUGUGUGGUACCUAAGACACCAGGGAGGCCUCCAAUUGUUGGAAUCCUUACCAGGCAUGAUUUCGUGCCAGAGCACAUAUUAGGCCUCUACCCGCAUAUGAAACCCCACAAGUAAAGAAAGCAAAGAGUAAUUAGAUCAAUUGCUGCCUUCUCCAUUAUUUGUUAUUGUGCCAUUAUCAAAAUGCUAUUUACUUUGUCGUUGCCCAUUUCAAAUUCUGGAGUUCUUUUGGAUGCACCAUAAUGUAUUUGCUGCAUAUUAGUUAGUCAAAUUUUAUUCCUUCGCAAAAACUGUGUAUUUAUAUCAUCAA